CUGGACUGUUGAUGCUUUUUAGUGCUGAGAAAUUUACCUAGUUUUGUCUUCAUGGUGGCGUUAAUUGGGCUCUGCGUAAUCAAUUGGCUUCUUUCAACAUCAAGGACCAUGAAGACAGCGUGAUCACUGCAUGCAAUGGGCUUUAGUGUAUAUAGUAUACUGUUUUAUAUGGCAUUAUAAAAUGCCCAAACUUUGUCCAACUUAGAGCCGACCUGGACUUUUUAAUGUAAGCCUCUACCGAAAUGUCGAAACCGUACGCUAAAAAACCAAGGCCACCGAAGCAUUGGACACAACGUGUGCACGAAUGUGUUGUUUCACGUGCUCCUGACGGUAAUAUUAAUUUUUUUGUGAAGGGCGGUUCUGAAUACGGACAGUUCCCCUAUAUAGGCGACGUCAGACAAGACAGAGUUGUACUUCGCAGUGGGAAACUGUUCCAAGACGAGAUAAUAUUAGAAGUCAAUGGACACAAAGUCGCUGGAUUCACACUGUGGGAUGUCAACGGACUUUUAAAUUAUUUUGGUGAGAACCCUAUUGCACUGAAAACUGUCAAAGCAGGUCAGAACAUAAGCAAAGACUUGAGGCGUUAUUUGAAUACCAGAUUUCAGAAGGGAUCCAUUGAUCAUGAUUUGCAGCAAACCAUUAGAGACAAUCUGUAUUUACGUACAGUACCAUGUACAACACGUGUUCCAAGGAAUGGAGAACUAAAUGGAGUGGAUUAUACAUUCUUAACUACUGAUGAAUUUAUAGCAUUAGAAAAAAGUGGGAAUCUUCUUGAGAGUGGUAUAUUUGAUGAUUUAUCCCUUGUGGCUGAUCCUGUCCAGGAUGUUAUCAAACCUGGAGCUCAUCCAUCAUCCAAAGGUAAACGUGAAAGAAACAAGUCUUCCAUCCUUGCAACUCAAAAUCUCCAUUUCAUUGAUGAUGAUGAGGAUGGCGUCAAUGAAGAAGAUAGUCUGGAGGAGAAGAGGAGAAAAGAAGUUGAAAGACUUGAAAAAGAACUGGGUCCAUUAGAUGAUAUAUGGGAAAUAGCAUUUACUGAACAAAAUGAUAUGUAUUUCAUAAAUCAUAUUACAGAAACAACACAGUGGUUAGAUCCAAGGUUAGAAAGAGUACAGAAAGAAGCGCUAUUGGACUGUGCUGAUGAUGAAUUGCCAUAUGGUUGGGAAAAGAUUGAUGACCCUCACUAUGGAUCUUACUAUAUUGACCACAUUAAUAGAAGAACUCAGUAUGAAAAUCCUGUUGUGCAAGCUAAAAUGAUGACCCACUUUCCUAAGGAUGAAAAUAAACCACUAGCAGACUUACCAAGUUACAGUGAAAAUAAGAAACCUAUAGAAAAAGAAAUACAAGAACCAAUUGUGCAGUCUCAGACAUUGCCCAGACCUCGUAAAAAACCCAUAGCUGGCAUUCCAAGAACUUUCAGUGAAAGUAAUAUUGCUGGUAACAACACUGGCAUGAAUUCUAGCAGACCAGUUUUUACCCAAAAUCCUAAUGAAUUGAAAGGAACUCCUUUGAGGACCUUAUUAGUAAAAAGUAACCGUGGAUUUGGAUUUACAAUUGUUGGUGGUGAUGAACCACAGGAGUUUUUACAAGUUAAAAGUAUUGUACCAAACGGACCAGCUUUUGAAGAUGGAAAACUACAACCAGGUGAUGUAUUGGUAUAUGUAAAUGAUACAUUGGUAUUAGGAUACACACACCAGCAAGUUGUCAAACUAUUCCAAGCUGUAGCACCAGGUGAUAAAGUCUUACUAGAAGUUUGUAGGGGAUAUCCACUUCCAUUUGAUCCUGAUGAUGUAAACACACACCAGACAGUGUCACCAGAGAAUACUGCCAAACAUCUUCAACUCACUUCAGAUAACAGAUAUGCUGAUACUAUGAAAUUCAAUAAAGAUGACAACUCAAUGCAAACUACAGGAAGAGAAGCUUCUUACAAACCGGAGCAUUUAACUAUUAAUAUUGUGAAAGGUGCUCUAGGAUUUGGUUUUACCAUUGCUGAUAGUCCGUAUGGCCAGAAGGUCAAGCAAAUUCUUGAUGAACCACGAUGUAAAAAUUUGGCAGAAGAAGAUGUACUGAUUGAGAUUAAUCAUUAUAAUGUUCGUAAUAUGAGUCACAGCGAAGUUGUAAACGUUUUGAAAAAAUGUUCCAAAGGUGUCCCUGCUGCAAUAACCAUACAAAGAGGGGAACAUCCAACUCUUUCAAGUUAUGGGGAACCUAGUCCAGAGUUGGGCCGACCAAAGAAUGUCCAUUUAUCAUCAACAGUGAAUAAUAGUCCAAGAGAUAAGACCUUCGCAGGCCGAAGCCAAUCACCUUUGAAAAGUAGUAUGUCUGACAGUAGGCCGCCUUCUACAUCCCAACAACCUAUUCUUAAAACUAGUGCACAGGACCACUAUGUUGAACUUACAAUAUUUCUUAAGCGUCAGGAAAGUGGAUUUGGUUUCCGUAUUGUUGGUGGCUAUGAAGAAGGCUCCCAGGUGUCUGUUGGCGCAAUUAUACCUGGCGGUACUGCUGACGUUGACGGUAGAUUGCAAUCUGGAGAUGAGAUUUUAUAUGUGGAUGGGCAUUCUGUUGUUGGUGCAUCACAUCAUAAAGUAGUUUCCAUGAUGGGAAGUGCUGCAUUAGCUGGUAGAGUAUCAUUAGGAGUAAGAAGACGAGUUCCAGCACAUACCACAGGUAACUAUAAUCAAAGGAGUGUCAGUGUCUAUCCAUAUGAUGUAACAGUCACCAGAAGACCAGAUGAAGGAUUUGGAUUUGUAAUUAUAUCAGCUACAAACAGAUCUGGANNNNUUUUUGUUUGUUAUCACACAGGUCGCAUCAUAACCAGCAGUCCAGCUGAACGCUGUGGAAAACUACAUGUUGGGGAUAACUUGAUAGCUGUGAAUGGAAUUAAUAUAAUAGACAUGCAUCAUAGUCAAGUUGUUAAUAUUAUCAAAGAUUCAGGAUAUUCUGUUACUUUAAAAAUUGCUGUGCCUGAUGGUGCAUCAUCAGGCAGUUCUUCACCAAGAAGCUCAGAACAUAUGUUAAAUGCUAUGGCAUUACCUGCACAGAUAAAUGAAGCGGAUCAACAACAGAAUUCUAUGCAUCAAUCGAAAUUAAGAAAAUAUCCCACUGAUACAAGUUUGAAAUACCACGGUAAUGACCAGAAUCCUAACGUUAAAGAGAUAAAUAACUCACUAAAUGAAUGGUACUCGGGAAAACAAAACACACUUGAAAGGCGGAAAGGAGCUGAAUUACAUAGUAACACUAAAUUUGUUGAAAAUGGGCAAAGAAAUGAACCUAAGCAAGAAGCAAGCCACUAUAAACCAGCAGAGCUGUAUUUAAAAAGCAACUACCGCCAUCCUAGUGACAGAUCAAGGCGUUCACAUUCCCCCCACAAUGAAAUAAACUACCAAAAUAGAACAAUGCCAGAUAUGAAACAACAGUCCAGUUUCUCUCAGAUGUCCUGGCAAAAUGAAAUAUUAGAAAAACAUAAAGCAGAAAUUAAAAGGAAAGAAGAAAAUCAGCGAACAAUUGAUCAUCAGCAGCAUCAGCAGCAACAUCCAAGGCUGUCACCGCAGCAUUCUAAGCUGAAGCCGUCCAGUCCUAUGGAAUAUUGUAAUGUUGAAUUACAUAAAGGACCAAAAGGAUUUGGCUUUAGUAUCCGUGGAGGAAAAGAAUUUAAUAAUAUGCCAUUGUUUGUAUUGAAAAUUGCAGAAGAUGGUGCUGCCUCAUUUAACAGAAGAAUUAAGGUUGGGGAUCAAAUCAUGGAAAUCAAUGGCUACAGAACAACUGGUAUGAAACACAGUGAAGCCAUUGAUAUUAUUAAAAGAGGAGGUGAAGUUGUUAGAUUAUUGCUCAGAAGAGGGGGUCCUCAAUCAUCAGUUACAGGUCAUGUUGAAGACGUGACUUCACCGCUGCCAUCAGGAAGUUAUUAUGAAAUGAAGUCAUUUCAAGGUCAUCAUUAGGAUCAGUACUAUUCCUGGUUUACAUUCCAUAUAAUGCUCACCUUGAAUGACAAAAAUAUUUAUUACUAAAAAAUAUCGCUCCAAAUUAUAAACUAAUUGUCAGAAUAGGGUUCAACAUUUGAUUACUUUACAACUCAGACAGCUUGGGUAGUGUGAUGACAUUACAGUGUAGAUAUAAGAUCCAUUUAUGGUUAUGAUACACUGCUGAAACUAAGAUUCAAUAACAGCUUGGGUAGCGUGAUGUCAUCACAGUGUAGAUAUAAGAUCCAUUUAUGGUUAUGAUACACUGCUGAAACUAAGAUUCAAUAACAGCUUGGGUAGCGUGAUGACAUCACAGUGUAGAUAUAAGAUCCAUUUAUGGUUAUGAUACACUGCUGAAACUAAGAUUCAAUAACAGCUUGGGUAGCGUGAUGACAUCACAGUGUAGAUAUAAGAUCCAUUUAUGGUUAUGAUACACUGCUGAAACUAAGAUUCAAUAACAGCUUGGGUAGCGUGAUGACAUCACAGUGUAGAUAUAAGAUCCAUUUAUGGUUAUGAUACACUGCUGAAACUAAGAUUCAAUAACAGCUUGGGUAGCGUGAUGACAUCACAGUGUAGAUAUAAGAUCCAUUUAUGGUUAUGAUACACUGCUGAAACUAAGAUUCAAUAACAGCUUGGGUAGCGUGAUGACAUCACAGUGUAGAUAUAAGAUCCAUUUAUGGUUAUGAUACACUGCUGAAACUAAGAUUCAAUAACAGCUUGGGUAGC